AUGGUCGCAGCGCCCUGGGACGAGGUCUCACCCCGCGAGCAGCUCUUCGUGCUCGUCACCGGCGCAAACAGCGGAGUCGGCCUCGGCAUCUGCGAGCGCCUCAUCGACGACUUCCUCGCCACCCGGCCCCUGACCGCCCACCUGAUCCUCAUCCCCACCACCCGCUCCGUCCGCAAGUCCCGCGAGACCAUCUCCUCCCUCCGCGACCACCUCCGCCGCACCGCCACCUCCUCCCCGGCCCUCCGCUCCCGCGCCGGCUCCUCCUACUACGACCCCCAGGACACCCUCGACCGCGUCCACCUGCUCUCCACCCAGCUCGACCUCUGCGAUCUCACCUCCGUCUACGCCUGCGCCGCGAACCUCGUCGCCGGCGCCGUCGCCGACCCGACCGACACGAGCCCCGCCGCCCCGCGCUACCGCAUCCCCCGCCUCGACUCCGUCAUCUUCAACGCCGGCUUCGGCGGCUGGACCGGCCUCGACUGGGCCGGCCUCUUCACCGACCUCUUCACAAAGGGCCUCCUCGCCGUCCUCACAUGGCCCUCCUUCAAGCUCGCCCGCCCCGGCGCCGUCCUCAACCAGCGCCCCGUCCGCUCCGACCUGGUACCCACAGACUCCCCCGAUAACCCCCUCUCCCUAGCCUCCGCUUACGAUACCAAGCCCUCGUCCCCCGUCCUCGGCGAGGUCUUCUGCGCCAACGUCUUCGGCCACUACGUCCUCGCCCACGAGCUCCUCCCGCUGCUCGCCAGGGCCGCCGACGACCGCACCGCCCCCGGCCGCGUCGUCUGGACGAGCAGCAUCGAGCCCCAGGCCCGCCACUUCCGCCUCGACGACUUCCAGGGCGUCGAGACCGAGGGGCCCUACGAGUCCUCCAAGCGCCUCACCGACGUCCUCGCCCUGACCUCCCACCUGCCCGCCACCCGGAACAUCUCGGCCUCCUACUUCACCCCCGAGGACCCCGAAACCGCCCGGGCCCUACCAGUUCGUCCUUCCUUUUACCUCACCCACCCGGGCGUAGUCGCCUCCAACCUGUUCCCCGUCCCCUUCCCCUUCAUCCUCUUCUGGGCUUACAAGUUCGCCCUCUACCUCGCCCGCUGGCUGGGCUCGCCGUGGCACCCCGUCACGGGGUACAACGGUGCCGUCGCGCCCGUCUGGAUCGCGCUGCAGGACGACGAGACCCUGACGGAGCUCGACGCCAAGAAGAUCAAGUGGGGCUCCGCCGCCUCCUUCUCGGGCCGGCAGGACGUCAAGAAGACCGAGGUCGAGGGCUGGGGGUGGGAGGGCGCCGUCGAGGACCGCGACUCGCUGUCCCGGGACCCGGCCACCGGCGUGCUGCGCAAGGUGGUCGGCCGGAACCCCAACGCCAAGGACCUGAGCAGCGAGCAGCUGGCCGAGUUCGAGGAGCUCGGCGCCAGCGUCUGGGCCGAGAUGGAGAGGCUGCGGCGAGAGUGGGAGGAGUUUCUUGACAUUCGCAGACACGGCGUCGACAGUCACGGCAACGACAAAUCGUCGGGUUGA